AGACAGACAUUUGUUUGGGACUACAUGUUUUCGGGUUAUAGUAUAGAUACAUUUGCCAGAGUAGAUUAGAGAAUUGCAGCUUCCUGCAUUAUUCUGUUGUUGUUUGCUGACUAACCCCGAACGUGAUGUGCGGCCUGUGGCACUGGAGACUUGUUGCGUUGUCUUUGCCGUCCUCCAACAGCUGCUCUUUUGUGCUGACACCACGUUGUAAGGGUGACCAGCUGCCUAGAGUGCACGUCAUCAGGAACAGGAACACUGAAGACGCCAAGAGAAUAACCAUAGAUGAUACAGUCAAAUAUUGUUAUCUUUACAAACAAUGGUAUCUUCCGGGGAAGAAAAAAAAAGAAAAAAAAAAAGGGAGUAAAUUGAAUGAACAAAAUCAGAAAGGACCAACACCAUGAACUACGUGGGCCAGCUGGCGGGCCAGGUGCUGGUCACGGUCAAGGAGCUGUACAAGGGCAUCAACCAGGCCACUCUGUCGGGCUGCAUCGACGUGGUGGUGGUGCGGCAGCGCGACGGCACCUACCAGUGCUCCCCCUUCCACGUGCGCUUCGGCAAGCUGGGGGUGAUGCGCUCCAAAGAGAAAGUGAUCGACAUUGAAAUCAACGGGGAGCCGGUGGAGCUGCACAUGAAGCUGGGGGACAACGGCGAGGCCUUCUUCGUCCAGGAGACGGAGCAGCUCAACCAGAUCGUGCCGGCCCACCUGGUCACGUCCCCCAUCCCCACGGAGGGCCACCUGAUCUGGAUCAACGAGGUGGAGCGCCGGGCGGCGGCGCAGCAGCAGCACCUGGAGGACGACCCCGCCGACCCCGAGGACGCCCCCGAGCCCCACCACCCCACCAGCACCUCGGGCACCACCAAGAAGAAGAAGAGGAGGAGGAAAAAGCACAAGGGAGACCCCCGCCGCGAGGAGCUGACUCCGCCCAUGGCCCUCGUCUCGGCUAACGCUGCUGCUAACGCUGCUGCUAACGCUGCUGCUAACGUUCCCGCUCCGGCUCCUGCUGCUACGACCUCCAGCGGUCAGACUGAGGAGAUCUUUGAGAUGGAGCUGAGCUCGGACGAAGAGACGGCUGUUCUGACCCACGCCUCCAGGUCGCCAUCGAUGACCACGAUGCGGGACAUCGACCCCAAGUUGCCUGCAGCCAGACACAACCUAGACAGCUACCCCUUCUCCGACGGUGACUGGUCCAACGCUGACGGGCUGUCGCAGGCUUUUUCCCCCAAGAGUGACUCUGAGCUCCUGGUGAAGUCGUCGGUGAGCAUGCUCCGCGCCGAGUCCCACAUGCAGUGGACCUGGGGAGAGUUCCCUGAAGCCACCAGGGCGCCCAAGAAGGAGCGGUACGAGCUCCCCAAAACGGUGACCAUCACGCCGUCCGAGAGCACCCACUUCCGGGUCAUCCUCAGCUCCGAGGCGAUGCAGAGCGAGUUGGAGCCGGGGCCCCCCAAGAUGAUCGCCAGUGGCAUCGGCGGCGGCGGCGACCGGCCCGCCUGCGCCAUCAUCAAGCCCCAGCCGCGCACCCCCACGAGCGCCGCCGUCGGGCCCGUCGUGCGCUCCCCCACCCCGGUCGACGUGCAGCCCCCCCUGACGCCCACGGAGCCCCCGGAGGCCCUGCCCCCCGGCGUGACCACGUCCACCCCCAUCAACGUCUCGGGCAGCCCGGGCAUGGCCCAGAUGGCAGGAGACGCGGGGGAUGCGAGCUCAAAGUGUGACUCGCCUUCCAAGAAGAAAGGCGUCCCUAAGAGGAGCCAGCACCAGGGCCCUGAAGAUAUCUACCUAGACGACCUGUGCGUACUUGAUCCGGACGUGGCUGCACGCUAUUUCCCUAAAAGUGAGGCGGAGGCAGCCACCAAGCACUGGAUGGACUCGGAGAUGGGCUCGGGCUCCCAGUCCCCCCAGUCGGUGGGCAGCGCCGCCGCCGACAGCGGCACCGAGUGCCUCUCCGACUCGGCCGGUGACCUCCCGGACGUCACCCUGUCCCUGUGCGGAGGCCUGAGCGAGAACGCCGAGAUAUCCAAAGAAAAAUUCAUGGAGCAUAUCAUCACGUAUCAGGAGUUUGCGGAGAGUCCAGCCAUCAUCGACAACCCUAACCUGGUCGUGAAGAUCGCCAAUAGAUAUUACAACUGGACGCUUGCUGCACCACUGAUCCUAAGCAUGCAAGCAUUUCAGAAGAAUUUGCCAAAGGCGACCGAGGAGGCCUGGGUGAAGGAGAAGAUGCCAAAGAAGUCCGGGCGGUGGUGGUUCUGGAGGAAGAGGGCCGACAGCACCGUCAAGCAGUCUGAGGCCAAGCUGGAGUCCAAGGAGGAGUCCCAGAUGGAGGGGGAGGGCCGGCCCUCCCUGUCCCAGGAGCAGAAGCUGGCCAUGCAGCCCAAAGCCGGGGACUCGUCCAGCGACGAGGAGUCCAAGGAGGUGAGCGCGGCCUCCUGCCCAGAGAGGCUGCAGGGUCAGGGGGAGGCCCACGUGCACCCCAGCCCCCACGCCUACCGCAAGUCCCUACGCCUCUCCUCCAGCCAGAUCGCCAGCCUGAAGCUGAAGGAAGGGCCCAACGACGUGACGUUCAGCAUCACCACGCAGUACCAGGGCACCUGCCGCUGCGAGGGCACCAUCUACCUGUGGAACUGGGACGACAAGGUCAUCAUCUCCGACAUCGACGGCACCAUCACCAAGUCUGACGUCUUUGGCCAGAUUCUGCCACAGCUGGGCAAAGACUGGACUCACCAGGGCAUCGCCAAGCUGUACCACUCAGUCGCAGAGAACGGCUACAAGUUCCUGUACUGCUCGGCGCGGGCCAUCGGCAUGGCGGACAUGACGCGAGGCUACCUGCAGUGGGUCAACGAUGAAGGCACCAUCCUGCCCCGGGGCCCGCUGAUGCUGUCUCCCAGCAGCCUCUUCUCUGCCUUCCACAGGGAGGUGAUCGAGAAGAAGCCGGAGAUCUUCAAGAUCGAGUGCCUCACGGACAUCAAGAACCUGUUCCUCCACAACAAGCAGCCGUUCCACGCCGCCUUCGGGAACCGGACCAACGACGUCUUCGCCUACAAGGAGGUGGGGGUUCCUGUGUGCCGCAUCUUCACCGUCAACCCCAAGGGGGAGCUGAUCCAGGAGCAGACCCGGGGGAACAAGACCUCCUACUGCCGACUGAGUGAGUUGGUGGAGCAUGUUUUCCCGCUGCUGAACAAGGAGCAGAACCAAGCGUUCUCCAUGCCAGAGUACAGCUCCUUCUGUUACUGGCGCCAGCCCAUACCUGACAUCAACCCCGACGAGCAUCUCUGAUCGUACGCACGCAGCCACAAACGCACACACACACAAGCACACACACACGCCAAACCCCUCACACGCACGGCGACACACGCAAAGAACCCAACGACAGCAAGUACAACACUUCUAGACUUCUAGUAGCCAGCACUCAUGCCCCCCCCCCCCCCCCCCCCCCCUUCACACCAGCUUUUCCGGUUCAAACAGAAAACGUAAUGCAACGCACAAAAUGCAAAGAGGUAGGAGUUCAGGAACAUAGGAAAACCGCUGAACCCCUCGCUCUUUUUAAGCAAUGGAUAUGAAGAAGUCUUCCCUUUCACUCAUCUUGCUGAACACACACACACGUGUACGUUGGUACCGGACGGACGUCGAUCAAACCAGAGGGAACCGGACACUGGGAUACUGGGCGUGGCCGGGGCAGCACUGAGCCUCCACAGUUCGACUGCUGGAUGCAACUGAGCCCAUAUGUGUGUGUGUCUCUCUCUUUAUCUCACGCCCCGUUCUCGGACCUCCAACCCGGACUAUGCAUGACUCCAGAUCAGAGGAGUGGGUUGGUCGUUCCGGUGCUGCUGGAUGAAGCCCCCCCCCGCCCCCCCCGAGUGGCACCGGGGUUCCCAUGACAACGCACUUAACCGCUAGGCGUCUCCAAGGCGAGGGUCACGUUGUAGAGCGCCGCUAUGUGCCGCCUGAUUUAGCAUCAUCAGUUAGAUCUGUUUCAACUCUAAACAAGGAGGAGCUGAGGGUCCUGAAGCAAAUAAUAAAAAAAAAAAAAGAAUAGUUCACUAGAUUUUCUGCCAGCUAACCAACAAUAAUGUGAUCUUGCUGGUUUAUUUUUGUUUAUCCUCCGUCUCCUCUCGAGUCGUGCUCCACGAAGGCGCUCUGAGGCUCUGGAGGAGCCCGAUUGAAGUGCUGAUGUUUCAUGUUUGGUUGCACUCACAACCCCCCCCCCCCCCCCCCCCCCCCCCCCCCCUCUCCUCACACCUCUGCUCCUCGGUGCAAGUUUUGGGCUGAGCGACAGCUCCGGGGUCGCUAGGGAGAUGACAGCACUAGGGUACAAUGCUAUACAAGGCCUGGACGUAGGACUGUGUGCCGCGGGACGGGCAUAAUGGUCUGAUAAGGAGAGAUGGAGGUUGUGUGAGAGGUUUAGACUCAUCGGUGUUUAGCCCGGUGUGUUAAAAGAAAACAGUUUGGAUAAUGUUUUUUUUGUGCGUUUGUUCACAAUCUUGUUAUCAACUCCCAUGUCUUUGUUUCCCCCCCCCCCCCCAUUAACAAUGCAGUAAUUAUUUAUCUUAAUGUUAAGUUAUUAAUUAUUAUUUUUUGUAAAUAUUUGUUCACCAGUGCAGAUUGUAAAUGCGUGAUUGUUUGAGUGCAGGUUAAUUUAAAGACUAGCGCUAAUCACCAGAGAUGGCUAGCUAUGGCUUAACGGUGUGUUUCCUAGCCGUUUCAAUUUUAUAUAUUGUCAGUGCUCUUUGUUUCCGUCUGCAGCAGUAAUGGGAGGUGAGCUCCUAGAGUCCACAGAAGUUUGCCAGCAAACCACCUUCUGUGUGUGUUAAAGUGGGCAUCGGUAACGUCUGUGUGUGUGUGUGUGUGUGUGUGUGUGUGUGUGUGUGUGUGUGUGUGUGUGUGUGUGUGUGUGUGUGUGUGUGAGAGUGUGUGUGAGUGAGUGAGUGAAAAAUCUAUGAUUACUUCCGCGAGGUCAUUUCAGUUUUAUUUUAUUUUUGAACGACCACUGGCCUUUGUCCGGCACUGGGUGUAUUUGGGUGGCAGCCUUUACCCAAACUUUGUAAGAGGUUAACGCAUAACAACACACACGCACACACCACCACCAAGCCCAGCCUUAUCCGAAGCACUUUGCCUUUGCUGCACCCUCACCAACACAUAGGAUACCUUCAACGUUGCGCGUCUUCCGCCCACGUCUGCUUCACCCAACGAUGAGGCACCAGAGAACAAUGCUCUUGAAGCUAUAUGUAUAUGUUUCUUUAUAUUUGUUUUACUUUGCGUCCUCUAUCUACGCAUUUGCUUUGUCAGAUUUGCUGAGUGUGUUUUUUGUGUAUGAUAUAUAUGACACACAGCCUAUUGAUGUACUGUGGCUGGUUAGUUUUUCUCCUUGGUUUAAUAGGGAGAACACUCCAUAGGAAGGCAGACGGUAGACUCUAUAAGCAACCGCACACCGAUGCUAUGGUGAAUAAACAUCACCAGAUGUUGGCCUCGCAUCUCACAUGCGUCCUGUCAUCAAGCAGAGUGUGGAAAGCAUCGUUUUCAGGAUCGCCUGAUGGCAGUCUGGUGUAAUGAGGUUAGAAUAAUAAUGUGCGUGUGUGUGUCUGCGUGCACAAGGCCAAUCCUUGGCCGCCGCGAUAUUCAAAUAGGAACCAGGUUAAGGCGCGGCGAUUAGUGGGAACACUGGCAUCGGGUGUGCUGUCGGCGUGAACAGCGACUACUUGAGAGGAACAUGAAGCACUUUGCGGCACUCGUGCACGCCCAGACGAGACGGCGGACGCUGGAGGUCUGGCUGUGGAAUCCCAAAGGUUCAGGGCCCCACCGGUGGUACAACGGUGUGGGAAAGAGAAGGAAGAUCCACGCUAGGCGAGACGUUAAGGGGACUGAAAAAAAAAAAAAAAGCACAGAAAUGUACGGUGACAGCUAUUCCUUCAUCUAGAAUUCAUUUGUUCCUUGACAAGAUAGGUAUUUGUGUGACAUGGGCAUUGAUUUUAUUUCACUUUUUUUUUUGCAAGACGGGCAGGAUGGUUUUGGUUUGUGGAGCGUCAGAUGCAUGUUUGUCACAGUGGUAUUCUUUUUGUUUGUGCGUUUGUUUUUGAUGUAUGGUGAAGUCAAAUUGAUCUGAUAAAAAUAGAGAAAAAAACAAUUCCAUUCUUUCUAUGAAAGGGAUACAUCUUGGGUGGAACGUUCACAAUGCAUCGUGUCUCCUCCUGGUAUGAUAUAUUGUUUGAUCUUACAACUGCUGUGGAAAAUGCCAUAUGCUGAAAUCUAUAUUUGCCUCUUGUCUUUGAUGCCUUUUUGUUUUUUAUCUCGCAUUUCUUUUCUGAUAUGUCAUCUUUUUGUGGGAAUCGAUUAGACAGUUUAUUGCUUCUUUCUGUUUGGAGGUAGAUCCUGCUAUUUGAUUACGUCCGGCAAAUGUAAAUACCUGAAGUGUAUAUUCUGUAUUGAUUUGUAAUAAAGUAAGUGUUGAAAAAAAUGUUUACAGAGCAAAGUUGUGAGUGAGAGAUAUAAAUAUCGGCCCUCUUGAAGCUAACUAAGAUUUGCUUGUGGUCAUGUUUGUGUUAAAAUAAAGUUUCUAACCAAA